AUGAAGCCGGAAUUGCAAUAUCUGCCACCAGAGCUGAAGAUGAAGAUCUGUGAGAAUCUGGACGUGAUGGACUACUUUUCCUUGCUUAGAACCUGCACAACAUGGAAGAAGUUCAUCACGAGGAAUGCGGAGAGGUUGUCUACAUUCAAAUGUUACAGCUUGAGGAUAGAAGAAUACUCUUUUAUUCGAUUUCGAUUCAAAGUUACUACGGUUGGGCUCAGGAACGAUGAACAAACAAGUCUUAAGGUAAGAUUGUUAAUAUUUUGUGAAUUUUAGGAAUUUUUAUAUCAGCUGAUCGUAGCGAUUCGAAUGACUAUGAGUUAAAAUUAUGUUGACCUGUUAUAAAAUGAGAAACCUUUCAGAGAUUCUGUUUCCGCACUCCAGAAGACCUUGGUUUAUUCCUGAGGAUGGUUGAACUUGCACAAAGCCUUAUCUUAUCAAUCAAAUCUUGUGUUGGUUUGCAAGGUAACUUUGAACGGGUCUGCAGAACUGCUAACGAGGUAGGUAAACAUUACCUUUUAAAGGUUUUUUAUCUUUUUUAUUUGUUUUAGAAUGUGGCAGUCGUAAAUCAUAUACUGUUUAAGCUAAAAUGUAUUGAAAAAUGAAUUUAAUUGAUCACUUUUAAGGUCAGUAUUCGAAUCCAAGACCAUGAAGGUAUUGGAGCUCCGAUCAGUGUCAAGUAUCUGGCCGAUUUGUAUUCUAGACUAGACUUGUCAGCCGUGUCAAUUGAAGACUUAUCUAGUACGUGGACUGAAAAUGGGAUGGAGUUGGUUAAAGCUCUUCACGUUUCAGAAUUUUUAGAGUAUGUUGUCUUUUCUUGUUGAUCUUGAGCUGCAUCUAUAGAUAUUAUUGAGCCGUUUCUAAUAAAAUGCUCUUUCAGAGUAAGGUCUUCGGUUAAAGUGGGAGGUCUGAAGCUAGGAGAUGAUGCCCUUGAUCAUGUAUCAACUUUACCAGCACUGGAAACGAUCAUUUUGUCAACUGUUGGAUCAGUUUUCUCCAAAGAUGCGGUACAGCGGUUCUUAAGUGUACGUUUUAUGCUUCCUUUAGUUUUCUCAUAGUUUAGGUAAUAUUUGGAAAAACAAUCUGAUCUUUUUGACCUAACAAUAAUCGUUUUUUUAGAAUGUUGGCCUAAAAACAAACAUGUACUUGGAGUUUUACCGCGUUUCCUGUUCAUCACAAGACUUUUAUCGUAUGUUGAAAGACGACUUGAAUGUGAUCUUCGAAACCGACCCAACCCGAGGCACUUUCAACUCAUUCCACAUUUUAUUCAGAGGUUACGCCUUCUACUUGAACAUCAAAUACUUUGACGAUUCCCAUGGAAUUGUCAUCCCUGCCAAACGCUGA